CUUGAACUUUUUUUUUAUUUACUUACUCUUAGAUUUAAAUGCAUUUCGAUGUACAAAGCGAAACCUGUUAAAAGUACAUUUUACUGAAAAUAGAGAAUACAAGCUGUGAACUCUUACCUUGCAUUUUUGUCAGGAGCAGUAUUAUAAGAACAUACAAUACCUUAAACACAAGUAGGGCACAUGGCCUUUCUUUUAAACAAGACAGGUGGCAAAAAUCUCGUUUCCCCAACACAUCGGUACUUUUCUGGUGGCUCGGGUGCGGAGUUAUAUGAAAGCCCAAUCUCCGACAGCACGCGAAGGCAGCAGGACAGUGAGCAGGUAGAGACUGUCAAUGAGAUCCCAGGGGAGCGAGACAGAGUCCGGGAGGUAGACUUUUGGGACGGUGGCAUAGCAGUACACUGUGUCUCUCCAUUUUUAUCAACUUUAAGUGGGAACCCCGAGGAGUUUGGAGCACUUUUAUUCCGUACUUUUGUAGUGUUUUUUUCUCCGUUGUCGUUGAUGAUUUUGAUAAACGAUUCAUUUUCGCUCGGUGUUCUCAGGAGGAUCGUAUCUAAUUUCUCACAGUGCAGCGGAGGCACUGAACUCGGGAAUGCCUUUUUUUCUCUUUUCUUUCCUUUUUUUUGGAAACGGCGAAUAGUUUUAAAUGAGUGCCGACUGUAGAAAAUAAGUGAAUGGGUCUGUUACAGAAGUCGCUUUGGUUUCGGACCCAGUAUAAUUAUCACGUUAUAAAUGAAGAAACGCAACGGCCCAUUUGCUUUGGUUAAUAAUAAGGUAGAACGGUCGAGGAUUAUUUUUCGCAACUCCGUGAUUGUAAAAAAUAUUACCCAACUUUUUUGGCACCACAUUAUCUGUCACCAUGCCUUUUAAGUUUCCGGCGGCAACCUGUAACCCAGCCUUUGAAGUUCAAGUCGUCGCUCUUCAGCGUUUUCGGUGGAUUUAUCCAGAAAAUGUGGCGCCCACAGGACGUGCUGCCUUUUGACGCUGUUUGUCAACUCGUGUUCGGUCACAAAAUGUGAUUAUAAGGUACAGUGACUGGUGUACACUGUGAUAAUAAUAUUAGUAGUAGUUCGGAUACGGAUGAAGAUCGAUACACUGUUGCCAGGACCUGCCCUUCUGGGAGAGGAUACAACAGUUCAACUAUAAGGCAAACACGUUCCAAAUGAGGACAUUUGUUGUGUGUCUCAUGAAGACCAGGCUGUUGGAAACCAAUGCCCUCUUCAAGCUCUAACACAACUCAACGUGUCUUCAUGGUGCAUUUGUACAUGCAAUGUUUCGCCACCCAUAUUAAUGACACUGGAUAAAAGUUAUCACUAUAGCUUGUUUUUAUCUCGGAAGAUAUCAGUUUUCUGUAACGAAGGGGCUGGCUCCAUGUGGGCAUUGGGUGAUACGCUUUUCUAUAACGUGUAGAGUUUGAAUAUUAACUCUGGUGCUGAAUGGUAGUUUGAGUUAUGAGUGUGAGUUAUGCUGGCAGUCCUCCAGCUUUAAAAUUUUGGAUUGUAUCUAUUUCGCAGUAGUCGCCGAGGCAGAAAGAAGAAGUGGGACGUAUAUACAUAUUUUCUUGUUUAUCCGUGGUGCUUGCCUGCUUUGAAGUCCACCAUGUGCGGCCGGGCACCGCCGCUACAGCCGAGGCCAUGACCGUCCCCCAGCGGCGCCUGGCCGGGCUCUGGCCGUGGCUGCUCAUGGCGGCCCUGCAGGUGGUGCUGGGCCAGCCGGGCCUGGAGUCCGAGCGGCCGGCCCUCCGAGCGGUCAUCAAGGUGACACUGCUGAAGAACGAGCCUACAGGGAAGCCCAUCACUCUGGAAGGGGUGUUCGUGGGUGGAAGUGCCGGCCACGCGGAGGGAAAACUAAUGCAGUAUCACCCUUUGUCUCUGUGCAACACAAGCGAAGAUGAACGACAGGAGAGCGACUUCAUCACCAUUGUCAAACUGGAGCACAGGGUACCCCGCUGUUUGCCGCUGCUCGAUAAGGCUCGCAUGGCACUGGAUAAAGGAGCUCAGGCUGUUAUCUUUGAUGUCAGUGAUGAUGCCAAUGCUGCUGCUGAGCUGCGAGAAACAGACUCCCUUCCCCGCCCGGUCGUGCUGGUGGAGGCGGAGGACGCUGAGGAGCUGAUGGGCUUGGUCAACAAGAACGAGGAGGCCAAAGUUCGUAUUGAGAUCAUGAUGGAGCCAUCAAAAUGGCCACAUUAUGAUGUGGGUAUCCUGCUCACCAUCGUCCUGGCAAUUCUUACCAUCGUCUUAAUCUUUGCUUUCCGCUACAAGUGCAAGUCCAACAGAACCUGGGACUCUGUCCACCAGCAGACCAUGCGGGCCAUCAGUCGAUUGGAGACCAAAACCUACAGCUCUCAGGGCUGCUCAGGCUCACAGCGCCACCGAGGGGCCUGGGGGUCAGCCAGCAGCUCAAACUCCAGCCCAGUCUGUGCCAUUUGCCUGGAGGAGUUUCAGGACGGGCAGCAUUUGAGGAUCAUCUCCUGCGCUCAUGAGUUCCAUAGAGACUGUGUUGACCCCUGGCUGCUGCAGCAUCGCACCUGUCCCCUCUGCAUGCAUAACAUCAUGGGUGAGGACAAGCACAUUUCCAGAACAGAGCGGCAGCCUCAGAGGAACAGACUCCAGCAGAGUCCAGAGCAAAGCCAGGGCUUCCUGCACCCUCAGCCUUACAGCAGCCCACACAACCACCCCUUCCCUCAGCAUGCUAUUCCCUUCUCUAUGAGGCCUCACUAUCCUCGUGGACCCUCAGGACCAUAUCCCUCUCUGGGAAACUACAGUGGCUCCUCUCCCAUGGACACUCAGACGGUACGUUUCCUCACCAGCAGGCCACUUGGCCCCAGCUGUGGAUACCGCCUUCCAGUAGAGGGUCCUGGAAGGCCCCACAGGAUUGGAGGGAACUGCAGGACGUCCACUCACCACUACACCCCUCGUCGGCCGUGCCACAACUAUCGUUCAUCUUGUCCGACCCAGCGCAGUGCAUCCUGCUCAAGACUGCACCACGCCACCUCUGUUACACCACAGACCCGUGGAGCACCUGCCCACAGCCGGCAGGACGAGGGCAGUUGCUCAGGUGGCAGCUACCACACAGAACGCAGUGGAUACUUGGCGGACGGGCCGGCGAGUGACUCCAGCUCAGGUCCCUGCCAUGGCUCCUCCAGUGAUUCAGUUCUUAACUGUACUGACAUAUCCCUGCAGGGAGUUUAUGGCAGCUGGUCCACCUUCCGUAGCUCUCUGAGUAGUGACUAUGAUCCAUUUGUGUAUUACGGGCCAGGUCCUGGGCACGGUCCCCGGAGAAACAGCUUGGAGGCUAGUGCCCAGGCCCGGCCCAGGUCUCUGGAUUCUGUGGUGAACAAAGCAGGCUGCCCUGAAGAACAGCCACAGACUGUGUUCAGCCACAUCCACUACCACCGCCACAGACACCACCACUAUGAGGAGGGGGAGCACAGCCAGGGCCCGAGCAGAGGUUCAGAUGAGGAGCAGGGGGCCGCUGCCGCCGCUGCCGCUGCUGCACCUGCUUCUCUUGUCCUGGACAAAGACUCACCCAUGUGCCCUCCUAAGCACAGCCCCUGCCAGUGCCCAAAGCCAGACCCCACAGAUCGGCCCAGCCCGGGACAGACAGAGCGUCAGGACCAUGACCCCAGCAGCCCCACGGGACCUCCUGUCCUGAUGUCCCCAAUCCCCUUACAGCUCCAACCUCACUGCUGCCACCAGGGACACGGACACCCUCCCGCCCCUCUUGGGCGAGUGAGUGGCUGUGUGCUUGAUGGCCCCUCUGUUCGCUUCCACCAGAGCCUGGAUCUGCAGGAUGACCGUAGCAUCCACAUUCACUACGGCCAGGGCCCGGGCUUCUGCUGCUCUCCUCCUGAGCUGCACCCUGCUUUGCUCCCUGUGCCCCUCAUUCUGGACUCUGGAGGGAUGGAGGAUUGGCCUUGCUGCGCCGGGGCCCAUGUCGUGUGGCAAAAACGGGUUCAGCAGGCUCGGUCAGAGCCUCAGCUCCUGGGGCCUGGGACUUCUAUGGACAGGCCACCCUGCAGGUUCCACCAUGGGCCUGCUGCUGACUGCAACACAGACAUUUGUUUAUACUGCCAAACAUUACACCACAAUCAGGGAUCAGAAGAGGAGUCUGGUGUGUGAGAACUUGUUGCAUCCCCAUUAUCACGCUGCUACACAGGAGCCAGAACGGACAAGCCUCUCAUUGGCUAAUCGCUCUCAUGUCUUCCACAUAAUUCCACCAGCAAUGCCUCUGCUCAGACGAUUCCCCAGCUUCCACCAGGAUUCAAAGCUCACACGCUUUCAGCUGAGUUAGUUGGGUUGUUAUUAAAAGUCAGAUUAUUGUGAUUAGAUUACGCUAAAGAUGUUUUCCAUCAAAACACAUGGAAUGAUUUAAAUGUUUAGAGACGGGAAGUUGCUGGUGAAACAACUCAUAAACCACAAAGGAGAAAAAGUGUUUAUCUGUGUUUUUCCUCAUCAGUUAUAGGAAGAAUAUUCAUCAGUGACAUGAUAUCACAAGUUCCAUGCUCCUUAGUGACAACUAACGAAUGAUCCUUGCUUAGGGUGUUGAGCCCUCAUGAAUUGAGACUCCAUCUCUGCAUCGCUCACUCUAUUACAAAAGAACUUGAUUUUUAUCUUAGAGGUACUUAACUUACUCUUGUAUGAUCUUGGUCUUCCUUCGCUGAGUCCAGUCUCAGCUGAGAGAAGCUUUUCUCUCCAGCCUACCUCAGCUCAGAUUUCUUAACAUGCCUCACACAGGGGGUCUUUAAAGGUACUGCUGUAGUGAUUUCUGAUUUUUUAUUUUAUGUCACAACCAUGUAGCUCCCAUAAACUCAACUAAAAGUUAUCCUCAUGGCAGUCUGACCUGUCCAAAUGGAGAGAAAGGUUGAUGCUCAGCCCCUCAAACAAUGAGCAUUCACUGAGGUUGCUGAGCCGUGCAUGGGCCUUGUUUUCAUUAUUUCAAUAAUGGCAGCUGUUUUUAACAUUUUUGUGUUUUUGGAUCAUUUUCAGUUUUUUUGUUUUGGUUUUUUUUUGUUGUUUUUUUUUGUAGUCUGUAAUUUUUUUCACCUUUCAAAAUGAACUGGUUUGACUGAAUUAUGUUGUCGUCAUUACAAGCUAUUGUCUCAUUCUUGUCAUUUCUCUUGCCAGUGGUUACUUCACAUGUUGACCUCUGUGCUGUUAAACUCCCUGAUGUGUGCAGAGUGAACAGGCCUCAUCAGAAGGAUGGCAACCAUAUCCUCUGCUCUUUUAAUGCCCAAUUCAUCAAACUGUCCUAUUGUCAGAAAGGAUAUACCCUCCCACUGUCUUCCAGCGACUAAAGCUGUAGAAAAAUCUUCUACGUUGUAGCCACAGAAAAGACAGAUGAUAAGAAUAUAACUGGAGUAAAGCCAUGCUAGGUGGACCUUGCAGUCCCAAGCAUCAGCUGAGUCUAUUUGCAUAUGUAGCACCAGUUAAAUGAAAGCUUGGUGUGCAUUCCCCAUUAUUUCAAACUAUAAUGGGUAGAGUCUGAGAAAAGUCUCAGGAACAAUCAAACACUGGAAAGACGGGAAGAAUUCGUCUUAGUCACAAAAACGAUACCCAGAUGAGUGAAAAAUCCUCUGUCGCAGUAAAUGUGCAUUGUCAGUCCCUUGAAGGAAAAUCCAUUUUAAAUCAGAAAUAUAAUACUGAGUAAAGACUUUUUACAUUCUCAUGUUUAACCAUCUCUCAAAACUAGAAAUGACAGGAUCGAUCCUUAAAUCUUUGUACUAGUGUUCGCUCUGUUCCCAUUCAGCCUCUCUGACAGACUGACAGAAAAUCUGCUUAUGUUCCAAGAAAAUGACUCUGUACACCUACACUGUGUAGGUACAAGUUAACCUCAUCAUGCCAUCAAAGACCUUAAUAUUUGGCUUAACCACAGACGUGACUGAGAUCGGAGGAAGAGGAAUUCUGGUUUAGCAUGGAUUUUCCCUUAAAGGCUCAGUGAAAAUGUGAAAGGAUUUUUCUUAACAGUCAGACUGCAGAUACAGUUUAGCUUAGCACAAACAGCAGACAAAGAGCUCAUGGGUAUUGCAAUGUAACCAGUAGCACUUACUAAAGCCUCACAUGUGCCUUAUUGUUUCAACUGUUCAUAAUCCUAAAUCAGGAACCUCCCAACACACUAAGCUCUUACCUGUCUAACCAAAGACACAAAAUCUUGAACACAGUGAACUUCUAACAUAAUAUGUGUUGUGCCUUUUUCCCCUGCUCCAUCCCUGCCCUUAACUCUCAGAAUUAAAUGUGCUUUCACUGACAAGAGGGAACAUGCUAGAACUGAAGUGAAAAUCAUUUUGGACUCAAUAUUCUUGGACAAUCAUGCAGAACUUUUCACCUGCAGUUGCUCAUACCAAUACCUCACUUUGAAUGAGUCGACACAGCGUCCUCUAGCUAAAGUUAUCAGAGUUUCCUUGUCUGUUAUUUUUCAUGCCCAAACAGUCUCUGAGAUGGAAAUGACUGAAUUAUAAGCAGCACUUUGGCUCAAGUAGAUUUUAUAUGAAUAGAAAAACAACACAAAUCUCAUAGUAUUCAUUUAAAACAACCCCAAAACCAUCAGCACAUGAAAAAUAACAUUUGGUGAUGCCGCAGAAUAUCUGAUGUGAUUUCAUCCUGUUCAAGAUCUUUCUCUUUGCGUUAUGUGUUUUUUUUUUUUUGUUUGUUUGUUUUGUUUUGUUUUUGUUUUGUUUUUUUGUAAUGUUUUGCAAAAAUAAUGAGCUGAAACUGCCUUUUCUAAUAGAGUAAAAAUCCCUCCAGAACUUUAAGGGAUAUGUCAGUAUAUUUUGGAUACUUUGUGUACAAAAAGAGAACAACAAAAACAGAAAUGAAAUAGUGUUGUAUUUUAUAUAUAAUAGAACAUUUCAAUAUAGUGACAUGUCACUAAUAUAUUUAUUUACUAAUAUAUUUAUCCAUUUUGUCCAGGUUUGAAAGAGUGGUUUCUGUAUAGACUGAAUGUUCCUAUAUGGAAACUGACCAGUGCCAUCACAGAUGUAUCAACCUGUCUUCAUUCCAAGUAUAUGCAAAUAAAUUAUUUUGAAAUAAAAUCUCUGUGUAGAGUACAUCUUUCUGCAGGAGAAUCCAGUGAGACCUUUAGACCAUUUUAUUGGACCUUAGAAGAAUUCAGGAAACAUCUAUUGGACUCCAUAGAUAUAAUUAUGCAUUAUGGGAUUCAGUCCUUCACAGAGGUUCAGAACAAAUUAAUUUACAAAUCAGAUACCUACAGCAAAAAAUGGAUUACAAUCAAUCUAAACAUUGCAAAAUUUGUAUGGGGAUUGGAAUAAGGAGUUUAAACUAAUAUGCUAAUGCAAAAUGGUGCUUAUAUUUCAUUGAGAGCAUUGCCACAAACGAAAAUGUAGGGUAGACAGAUGACAGUACAGAUGACAGAAAUAUAUUGGACCAAAGAAAAGUUGAUAAGUUUGUCUUAGAUUCUUCCUCAUAUUCCUCUAAUGUGUGUGUGUCCUGCUUUCCACAUAAACUAAUAAACCUGAAACUCAGUAGCAGAUAUUUACUACUUGUAAACCACAAAAAAUCAUUUCAUACUUGAGCUGAAAUUAACAUAUUCUAUAAGAUGGUGUAUUAUAUUUUCCCACACAUUUAUGUUUUUUUUUUUUAUAUAUCUUAAAA